CAAGCUUUCAGUCCCACCACAUAAAAAAUGAAUGAAAAUAUGGCUAAAACAAAGAAAGCUUUUCUCACCAUUCAUCAUCCAUGGCUCUUCUACCACCUUCAUCUUCAUCCUAUUCUCACAAAACUAUCUACCAUACACCAUCACAUAUUUAUCAUCCAUACCUUCAACUUCCUCAAUUCAACUCUAUCACUCUUACUUCACCAUCAUUCAAUCCGUUGACUCAUUCAAAGCAGCACCUAAACCUCAGAAUCACAAACUCCAACCUCUUUGUUGUUUCAUGCAGGUAUUUCACUAAAGAAGACGAAGACGAUGAUGAAGAAGAAGAAGAAGAAGAGCACAGCUUUGAUGAAGCAGUGACUCUAUUUAAUGGCGGAGAGUACUACAAAUGUCAUGAUUAUCUUGAAUCCCUUUGGCACAAUGCUGAAGAUCCAUCAAGAACAUUAAUUCAUGGAAUAUUGCAAUGUGCAGUUGGGUUUCAUCACCUAUUCAAUCAGAACCAUAAAGGAGCUAUGAUGGAGUUGGGAGAGGGACUAUGUAAACUGAGAAAGAUGGAGUUCUCUAAUGGACCAUUUCUUAUGUUUGAGAAAGAUAUUUCAGCAGUUUUGGAAUUUAUCUACCAGACACAGAUAGAGUUAGCUGCAUGCAGUGAUGAUAUCUGUGUUGCAAUGGAUCAAUCAGAAAGAUCCUACCAACUUAUGGGGGAAUAUGCUGCAGGGAAGCGUGUAUAUGAUCUAGAACUUGGUUCCGAUGCAUCAGUGUAUAUUGUGUUAUGCCCUCAAGGGUCUAAUGGUGGCACUGAAGUUCCAAGGGUAAAGCUUCCCAGGCUUAAUGCUACCUCAGAACAUCUUGUAGCCUAUGAAUACAAGUAAAUGUAAAAUUUAUUCUUCACUUCGAUUAGAGACGACAUGCUGUAUAGAAUCGUUAAGGAUUACCUGUAUAGAUGAUAAAAAAAAAAUUAUGUUUGGAAACACUUAUGCGAACGAUAUGUCACUUAGAUGACAGCUGUGAAGAUUGAGAGUGAAGACUGGAGCUAAGUCGAGCAUGAUUACGAAGGAUGUCUAAUUUACCAUGUCUGUUGUUGAGUGUACUGUUGACUACAAAUAUAUGAUAUGCGCAGUAUAUGCGGCAAGUUCUAGUAAA